AUGGGGUGUUCGUUGUCACCCGCGCUCUACCUGCAGGUGCAGCUGACCGAGUCCACGUCCUCCUCGGCGAAGUUCGAGCGCCACGUGUUGGAGGCUUCGCGUGUCAGCGACGAGCUGUCGCGGCGCCGCGUGCGCACCUACCAGCUGUACUCGCGCGCCAGCGGAGCCCACGUGCAGGUGCUGGGCACACACGUCGUGGCCCGCGGGGACGACGGGGACCCCUACGCGCUGCUCCAGGCCGAGACGGAUUCGUUUGGCGGGAACAUUCGGCUCCGCGGGGUUCGCACCAAGUACCACAUCUGCAUGGACAGGAAUGGCAAGCUGGUGGGCAAGCUGUCCGGGCGCUACCGAGGCUGCGUCUUCAGCGAGCUCUACCUUGAGAACCAUUACACGGCGCUGCGGUGUGCCCUGCUGCCAGAGCGCUACGCCGCCUUCGGCCGGAGCGGGCGCGCCAAGAACGGCGGGCGGACGACGAGCCGCUGGCAGUUCGGCGUGGACCGGGGGGGUAUCACCGAGGGCAACGCCGAGUGGACCGCCCGUGUCAGAGAAGGCGUGGAGGCGGUGGCGGCGGCGUCGGCGGCGGCGCCCUCCGGGCGAAAGGUUUCCCCGGAGAAACGGCCGCCGGGCCGAACUUGA